AUGACCAUUUCUGCACGCCUGUUGAACAUCUUCCUUGCUGUUACAGGACCCAAUUUCUUCUUUCUGGUGAGUACAGAAAGUAGCAGUGGCUAGAGAUUGUUCUUGACAUAAAACUCAGCACUGAUGGUGGCAGCCUGAGGUACAGCAUCCAACUCAGACAGCCCAGAAGACGACUUUUCCCCCCAGACCAUAUAAUGGGUGUUGAACUGGACUUGUUCAGAAGGUGGCACUUCAUUCGAUUGUCAUUGUAGAUACAAUUGUUUUGUCUUUUGGGGGUUGGAAAUAAGUAGAUUGGGCACUCAACGGAGAAAACCAAGUUUUUCCCAGUCCUUUGGGGUCAUUGAAGCACCCUUUUCAGCAAAAGCCAGCCACUUCUCCUUUUGCAGAUUGGCAAGGAGAGAAAUCUGCAGUCUUCUGUUUUCACUUUCAGACCCAGUUUCUCAGUCAGAACACUCAGAGACUGCUUCCCCAAGAUUCUUCAGUGUUUAAUCGGGGUCUGUGGAAGGAUUGUGACUCUUUCCCUUGGCCUUGCAGAUGAGGUCAGUGGCCCUCAAACUCAGGACUCAGGGGUGACCUGCACAGGGCCUGUUUUUCAGAGAGUCACAACUCUGGUGUUUCUGCCACCACUUUUUCACCCAUCAUGUGCUUCUGUCAAGGUCCUGAGCCACCUCCCUGCAAGUUUUCCCUGCACUGCGCAAUUCAAUGGUCUGAGCACAGACCUGAGGCUCUGAAACAGCAACCAUUUCAGAUCUCUGUUUGGCCAUCUUGGCAGCACUAUCAAGACGGUUUUCUCAGUGACAGGCUCCAUGGUCAACCAAGAAAUGUAUAGGCCUAUAACAAACAGAUGAACUAAUGAAACAACCUUACAACACCCCACCGACCAAGUACAACUCAUUUUGGAGAAAAAACAACAAAAGUGUUGCCUAUUGGGGUGCAUGAACUUUUGGGACUCGGUGUAUGUUGCAGCAGUAGCAUCUCUCGCCUUUUCUGUCUCUGUCUGUCUCGUCAUGUGGUUUAGAUCUGGCAGCUGAUUGGUUGAUUGGUGGCAGCAUUCUGCAGCAUGUGAUUGGCUGAUUAAUUGCUGAAGGCUGCAUGUGAUGUCAUGUGAGGAGAAAACUACCAUCAGCCACAUCUAAUCAGUGUGUGUGUGUUACUGUGUGUGCGGGUAUGCAGUGUGUGUUUGGGGCUGUCACAGUGAAGGCUUCUCUGAUGAACUGAAUCUGAUUUUUUAAUAUGUCGCUUGUUGCACAAUGCUGCUCAGAAUAGACAACAUUUUUUCUCUUUCUCAUCUUAUUAUGUGAUGAAUUUAUAUCCCGGUCUUUUAUACUGUUGUAACAGAGAUUUCAAGCGGACAAGAGCAGCUGAGCAGCUUUCAGUAAAAACUUGAACUCAAACCUUUCAGGACUUUGACUAUUUCAGCCCUCCACUUCAUCAGACUGAGGACUUAUAUGCGCGAGGUCUUGGAUUCAAAAUAAAUCACAAAAACAUCUUUAGAGGUGCAGUGAGUUGUGGCAAAUUCUGGUUCAGACUGCCAUGUUUUCUUUAGGUUAACCCUUCCUGACUUUGGCCACCAUCAGAUCAACAUGACCACAAACCUGAGAAGUUAAAGAUCCGCCUGUACAAAUGUGGAUUCUUGUUUGUUUUGUGUCUCUUAAAUCUAAUCAAAGUCAGGUACUGAUGACUCAAGCCAAAUGAAGAUAUGUAUUACUAACAAUGUCAUCAAUGGCUUACCUUAAAAACUAAAAUCGGACAUAAACAAAACCUAUAAUGACAUUUUAAAUUCAGUCUGUAGUGGAAAUCACUGCAUGGACUCCAAAUCACUACUGAAAACCAUACGCUGUGAGCACAGUUCAUUACUGUAUCCACAAAUUCUAGUUAAAACUGUGCCAAGGAAGCCACAGGCCCUAAAGAUAUGUGCACGCACCCCAUAUGGAGGAUAUACCCCAAACAAUGAUCAUGGUUUGAGUCCAGUUUGUGGUUCCUUUCCCACAUUUACUCCCUACUCUUUCGAUCCAUUUCCUGCUGUAACCACUGUCCUGUCAUCUUUGAAUAGAAGCAAGAAAAGUUCCAGGAACAAGAUCCAGAAACACCAGAGACUUCUCUGGACCUUAGAUUCAUGUAUUCUGACUGAUUACAUUUUCUUUUCCUCUCUAUAGAGGUGAGGAACCCAGUGUGUUAUCAGCUCAUAGUUCAGAGCCAGCAUCCCUGUUGGUAUUGAGAUCAGAAGUGUCCAUGUCAUGGGUAGCUUACACAUCUGUAAAGGCUCCAUUAAUGCUGAACUAUAUCUACAGAUUUAGGAGCAACAUCUGCUGCCAUACAGACAAAAACGUUUUCCAGGGAAGACCUUCAUAUUUCAGCAAGACAAACCCCAUUCUGCAGGGAUUACAACAGCAUGGCUCUGUCGUAGAAGAGUCCUGCCUCUAAACUGGUUUGUGUUGCUAAAACUUCAAAUCAGUUGUACAGAAACAUAAGACAGAAAGUUGUGAUGUUUCCAUGUGAUGUUUAAUCCUCUUGAGUUUGAUGAACACGAACUGUAAAUGGUGGAAACGUGUCUAAACUUGAAGCUUAAACCAUGUAGUAUGAUGAUCAGGGCAUAAUAUGUACGUUUAUCUCAGACACAGCCAUAGUAUGUCGAAUUGUAGCCCCUCCUGCUUCUGAUGUCACAGCCCUGUCAGUAUAAAUACACCGCACACAGCUCAUCUUUGACAGACAGACAGACUAACAGGAGUCAUGUGGUGUCGAGGGUUCCUGCAGCAGACCAACAGACUCAUGUCGACCAGCAGAAAGGUCAGUCUGUGUGUGUGUGUGUGUGUGUGUGUGUGUGUGUGUGUGUGUGUGUGUGUGUGUGUGUGUGCAUAUGAGUUGCAGGGACAUAAAUGUUGUUGUUUACAGAGUUUUGGGGACCAACCCCCUUUCUGGGGACCCUCUAACUGACCCCAUAACUUCAGAGUUCAGACUUGACAGUUUCUAAAAAUGGAAGAAACAGUUUAUGCACACUUAUAAAAAAACAAGAAUAAAAUGGGAAAUAACCAAAUAAAGUAUGAUAGAAAAAAGUGUCUGUUAUCAUGUUUUGCUUCUAAAUAAAAUCACAGAUCACUUCAAUGUUUUAACUUUGUCUUUAUACUUUUUCUGUCAUAAAGAUUUUGAGGUACAAAUAUCCUGCUAAUCAGAGAGCCGUCUCACAUAUAUGUCUCUCUUUGACUGGUUUGUCUUCCUUUUGUCGGUCUGAUAGAAAUGUCUCUCUCUAACCUGUCUGCCUCUCUGAAAUCAUGUCUCCAUCCUACUUCUAUGUUAUGUCUUUAUCUCACUUUACUACCAUCUGUCUCUCUGAACUGUCCUUCCAUUUCUGGCAUGUUUGGCAUUCCUGUCCCUCGCUGACCAAUCUGUCCAUUUCACAAAUCUGUUUUUCCAUGGUAUGUCUCUCUCUCUCUCUCUCUCUCUCUCUCUCUAUGACCUGUCUUUCUCUCUGACUUGUCUGUGUCUGUCUAUCUGUCUGUCUUUGACCUGUCCUUCCUUUACGCUUUCUUUUUUCAUCCUGAUUGGUCUCCUUGUCAAAUGUAUCUGUCAGGUGUCUUUAUGUUUCCUGUCUUUGUUUAAUUUCUUGUCUGUCUCGCUCUUAUCUGUCUGUCUCUUCCUCCUCUUUGACCCGUCUCUCUGUCCCUUGUGUAUUUCUGACCUUUACCUCUAUACUCUUGUCUGUUUCCUAUCAGGCUGGUGUCCUCUUUGAUGUGGACGGUGUCCUGCUCCGAGGGGGACAGGUGAUCCCAGCAGCUCAUCGAGCAUUCCAGAAACUUCUGGACAAAAACAACAACUUCCGUUUUCCCAUCGUCUUUGUCACCAACGCAGGAAGUUGUCACAGACACCACAAGGCCCAGCAGCUGUCUCGCCUACUGGAGGUCCAGGUAUGAGUUAGACAGGCUCAUACAAGAAAUUAGUCUUUGCCUUGGUUGGACUGAUGCAGUUAUGUGACCUCUCUCUCCCCCUCUCUGUAGAUCGCCCCUGAGCAGGUGGUGCUUUCCCACAGUCCUUUGCAAAUAAUGAAGAGUUAUCAUGAUAAAUGUGUCCUAGUGUCAGGACAGGGACCCGUGACUGACAUCGCCAACACGUAUCCUCCAUUUCUGGGCAUUAACUAGCUUCUUCUUCAUGGCAACAACAGCAGGGGUUUGUGAGUAAUGUAGUCUUAACAGUCAACAGAAACAAAGUGAAAUCCAGCAUGCUAUUUAUGAACCUGACUUGUCAUGGCAGCGUAUCCAAACAUUUUUGCCACGGAAGAAAAAAAAUGGAAUAUAUCUCUGGCUUUUGGUAAAAUAUAACUCAAAAUAAUUUUCACACUUUUUAAAAAAAUAACAGUUUAUUAAAAAGCACGGGAGAAUUAUUACGCAGCUGAAGUGUCGCACCUCCUGUCCUCUGUGGGGUAAUACAAAAAUGUCAUACCUGAAAUAUGUGAGAUCAAAAUUUUCAACAAUGUGAAGCAACUCAAUCUUAAAAAAAAAAAACAACAACUCCAUGCCAGUAAUAAAAUAACCUUACAAUGAGCUUUAACAGCAUGUUGAAUAUGAAUCUACACUUCCCUCAAACUGAUGUGGAUUACUCACAUCUUUGACAAUAUCCAUCAGGUACUACUUUAUGGUUUCAUAUGAGUGUGAUUUUAAACUCAUCAGCAUCAAUGUAAACCAUCACCAAGAGUUUGACCCUGACGUGAUUCGAACACGCAGCCUUCUGAUCUGGAGUCAGACGCGCUACCAUUGCGCCACAAGGUCUGAAGUUUGAGUUACAUGUGACCCUAUAUGGAGAUAAACCUGUAUGGUUACACAUGUAUGGAGAAAAGUAUUAUUAUUAUAUAAAAAUAUUCUUUUAAAAGAAUAAAGAUAAAAAUUGAUGUAAGGUUUAUACAAGGUAGCACUUCACCCAAGAUGUAUUUUUGUGUGGUGGCUCUAAAUACGUCAGAGCUUGUAAAGAGGUGUGUCUCUAACUGACCUUGACGUGAUUUGAACACGCAGCCUUCUGAUCUGGAGUCAGACGCGCUACCGUUGCGCCACAAGGUCAGACACUUCAGGUAUACGUAGGGCUUCAUCAACAGGUUUCUAUGUGAUUGGUUUAUAAGACAGUUUUGACUAACUGACUCUGACAGGAUUUGAGCUCAUUGGCUACAAUUCAACCACUUAAGCUGGGAAUGAAAUUUCUGAUGAUGGUGUAAUACAUGAGUUUAUUGUAAGAAUUCAUCCUCAUGUCCACAGUCCCAUGUGCAAAUGAUUUCCUACAGAUAAUAGAGAAAAUUAACAAGAUCCUCUGAUGUAGUCUGGAGCGCCUGAUCCUAAUGUGGUCUUAACCCACAGACUUCUGCUCUGGAGUCAGAUGCAACACAAGGUCAGAUAUUUCAUGCACACGUAGAGCUUCAUGGAGAAAUAUGAUCAUUGAAAGGACAACGAUGACUUGCAAAUCAUCCAGGGAUUAGUAGAUUCUCUCUGCAAAUAGUUUUCUUGUAGUUAAAGAGUCACUUGGCGAGAAAUUAAAUGUUCUUCAGACACGUGUCUUAGAUGUAUUACGCCUCAAUUUUCAGGCUCACAGUUUUAUUUCACACAACCUUUUGAUCUAGAGUCAGAUAUGUUACUGUUGCAAGUUAAUGUGCUUCAUCAAGACAUAGCAAUGCAAAAUCUUCCAUUUCUUAAGAAUUCUUAAAAAAUAUCAACAAAUUUCUUCAGUGAGGACUCUCUGUAGUGAUGGUUCAUUUCAGUAAAAAAAAAUUUUUAAGUAUAGAGAGCCUCAUGCAGUCUUGCUCUUUAGAAACAGUUUUUAUCUCUAUCUAGGGUCACAUGCUUCUCAAAUUUCUGACCUUGUGGCGCAACGGUAGCGCGUCUGACUCCAGAUCAGAAGGCUGCGUGUUCAAAUCACGUCAAGGUCAAUUUCUUCAAAGUCUGAAAUGACAUCUAGAUGAUAAGAUAAAUAAGUUUAUAAUAAAAUUCACACAUUAGUGAAACCAUACAUGUAACAAAAAUGGUAAAUAUUACACAUCUGUUUAAGGUGUGCAGAUUCAAGUUAAUCAUGACUAUUGAGGCACAGUGAAUGGACAGUUCUGCAGCACCUCAUAGAGGACAGGAGGUGCAGCAAUUAACAGCCUGAAAAUUCUCCUUUGCAUCCAACUGACUGUAAUAACAAAAAAUCUAAUUUACUUUUUAUUCAUAAUUUCCACAUAAUUAACCACAACUUCUUAAAAAAAAACAAUUACUUUUUCACUACUACUAAUAUAAAUAUAACCACUUAUAGGCCUACUAUUUAGAUUACUAUUACUGAUAUAACUUCUAAAACUCCACAUAAUACAACCACUACUACUACUUAUAGGACUACUACAAUUACACAUUUGUAUGAGUUUUAUCAUUAGAUAAAUUCUGUGAGCCUUAAACCUCACAGGGAGAUCUUUUUCAUGUUGAAUUCUUGACCACUGCUUCAGUUUGGGUUUUCAUAAAGUUGUUACAAUUGAGCAGCUCCGAGAACAUCACCCCCUACUGGACAUGGUGGACCAUAACAGACGACCCAAACUUCCUGUGAGUACUUGACCAAUGUCAGUUUAAAACUUUAGGACUAGGCUUUAUAAAAACCUUCUUUUAGCUUAGCAGCUGACUUUUUACUUCCAUGCUAGCUGCAUUUAUUGUCAGUGACUCACUAGAGUGAUGUUACUACAGAAUAAAAUAUCCCAGCACUCGUUUCCUAAAGUUUGGUUAUUUAGUGUAGGGGUGGUACUGAAGUGAAUUUGAUAAAGAUUGAGCUGCUUUGUCAUCUUUCCUCUCUUUCAGUCAUCUCCUUUGAAAACUCUUCCUAAAAUAGAAGGUAACAAAACACCAUUGUUAUCUUUUUAUUCUACUCUGUGCUUUUUAUAUCAAAUGUACUAUUUCAUUUUUUGAUACAAUAACCAUCCAUAAGUUUCCUGUUUUUUGUUGUUGUUUUUUUUUUUUACUUUCUCCACUCAUGCUCUGUGUUUCCACAGCAAUCAUCCUUUUCGGUGAGCCAAUCAGAUGGGAGACUAACUUGCAGUUGCUGGUUGAUGUGCUUCUGACCAACGGGAGUCCUGGUUGUUUGUAUGAGCCUCAGCUAGCAGCACAGCUACCAGUGCUGGCCUGUAACAUGGACCAUGUGUGGAUGGCUGAGGCUCCAUCACCACGGUAACCAACAAGCUCUAAGGGUCAAUUAAACAAUGUAGUAAAACACUUGAAGUAAUAACUGAUGAAACGCUCAAGUUUCUUACUGUCUAAUGUGUUGCAAUAGGUUUGGUCACGGGAUGUUUAUGCUGUGUCUGGAGUCUGUAUACCGGAAGCUGACAGGGCGAGAUCUUCAGUACCAGGCACUGCUGGGGAAACCCAGUUUACUAACAUACCAGUACGCCGAGCAUCUGCUGCGACUACAGAACCACAAUCACAAGCUAACCACCAUCUACGCUGUUGGGUAACCAAAUUGUCCAUAACACCACCCAAUAAACUGUCUACACAAUGAUUUACACUGCCAUAUAACCAAUCCAUCCAUCCCACCAACUAUCCAACAAUCACAUCCCUCCUGGGGAAAAAACCUUCUAAAAAAAAUGCCUAUGCACGGUAAACCAACCAAAAUAUUCACAAUAACACUCACAGAUUUGGGGGAUCAUUAGGCUAAAAUAUUGGCUGUACUGCAAUGUGUAAAAACUAGGCUAUAUUUCUUUGGUCAUGCAAGAUUUAAUGAUAACAGUUGAUCUUCUGGCAUCUACAUUGCAUUGCCUAGUAGUGCAAUGGCAUUCCCUUUUGGUUAACACUUGAAUACUGAGUCUGUGUACAUGACUUCACAACUUUGCAAGUCCUAUUUAAAGGAACCACAUUCAUGCUGGCAGGUAAGCAAACUGUCAGAUAAACAAACUGUUCACAAAACCAGCCAAACAAUUAGACAACUAAGCUGGAAUCCUGGCUGUCAACUGAUUCCAUUAUUUUCAACACUAUUUUUUUUAUGGCAACUUAAAUGUCAGCUAACCAAAUCACACAUUUAUGAUCUGUGCUCUACGCUCAACAAAAACGAACUGCUGAUUAACAAAACCAUCAAUAAGACCAUCAUCUAUCAUGUAACAAAACUGUACAACACUUUCUACACAGUCAGAUGACCCACCUUUGUCCUUUUUGCUGCUCAGGGACAACCUGAUGACAGAUAUCUAUGGUGCUAACCUCUACAACCGGUACCUUGCUCGACAGCAUGCUGCCCUGACAACCACUCCCAAGCUUGUAGCCGAAGGAACAGGUAGUCAGGUGACAAUGGCGAUACCAGAGGAGGAUCUGGUGUCUGCUGCUGCUCAGUGUCACUCCAUACUGGUAGGAGCAAGGCUAUGUUGUCAAUUGAGGUUUUAACUGUAUGUUUUUAUCAAGUCGAUUACUCAGAGCUGCUGUACCUGUCCUUAGGUGUGCACAGGUGUCUAUAACCCUCGCUCCCCAUUGCCCAGCGAUCAGAGCAGUGCAGUCACAGAGACAGUGUUCCAUGGUCACAGAGAUCUGGUCCUGGAGCCAGACCUGGUGGAGCCCAGCCAUGUGGUGGAGGAUGUGGAGGCCGCGGUCGACCUGCUUCUGCAGCAGGAGAGCUCCACCUGA